AUUCCCUCCCACCGCCCCACUCUCUAGCUCGGUAGCCAUGGGGUCCCUCAUCGGCCAUGUUGCGCCGGGAGCCGGUUUCCUCCUCAUCGGCCUGUGGCAUCUCUUCAACCACAUCCGUCUGCUGGCGCUGAGUCCCAGCUCCUACGUCGCGCCGGUCUGGUUCCCGUUCCCGGCGCGGGGCCUCCGGCACCUUGAGCUCAUCCUCAUCAUCGUCGGGUCGUCGGCGUCCAUCUUCAUGGAGCUCUUCGGCAGCCCCAGGAAGCACCAACCGUUCGACGACGACGGCACCAUCCCCUCCGUGCACCUCCACAACCUGGAGCACGCGUCCAUCUCGCUCGCGCUGCUCCUCUUCGCCGCGGCCACCCUCCACAUGGACAGGGCCCGGGCGCCCAUGCGGGACGCCGUCUCGCAGCUGGUCGCCGCCGCGGCGCUCGCGCAGGAGCUGCUCAUGUUCCACCUCCACUCCACGGACCACAUGGGCGUGGAGGGGCAGUUCCACUGGCUGCUGCAGGCCGUCAUCGCGGUCACGCUCGCCGCCACGCUGCUGUGAAUGACAUUCAAUGCAGGAAUUGUGGGCUGCCUUUAAUCACGAGCAUGCAUGGAUAUUAAUUGGAAUAAUUUCUGGGAUUAAAAGAGGCUAUCGGAGGCUGCAUGACAAUAAACGUGGAUUAAAGGUGAGUCAAUUGUGGGCUGAAUAAGGAAUAAGGGUGCGAAACAAGAGUAUAACUUGUUGGCAUGCAUGGAUAUUAAUCAGAACAAUUUGUGAGAUUAAAUAUACAAGGGCAUACACCCCUCUC